UGGCAUCAUUUAUUAACCCCCGCCGGCGAAACAGCAUGGAGCAACCACCCAGAAUGGUAUCUGCUUUUAAUCAUCUUGAAAAGGAACUGAUUAAACUCUUAGACAGUGAUUACCCUCAACUCCAGCAGUGCAUAGAGAAUCUACGUUGUAUCAUCGGAACAUUUCUUGACAAUAACAGAAGUGCUGAUAAAGGCUCUAGAGAUGGAGCAAUAGCAGAAGCAGCUGGACGUACCGCAAUGGCUGUGGGGCUAGCUUUCGCUCCAUUUACACUGGGGAUUUCUGCUCUUAUUAUCUCUGGAGCAGGAGCAGCGGUGGCUACAGGUGGUAUGAUUGGUAGUGUAGUCUGGAAUAAGAAGAAAACGAACCAGGAGGCACAGUUAAGAAAAGAGGUUGAAGCUGAAUUGAGAGCAUUUCAGAAUAAAAUCAUCCCUAUGGCUGAAAAGAUAAAAGAUAUUAGUCAGCGUAUUAAGGAAAUACUCAGGGACCUUAGUAACCCUGAGCACAAUGUCAGUUACUUAAGUAAAUAUUUUACCUCUGCCUGUGAGUUAGUCCACUUCCUACAGAUAUAUGACGUUGGUGGAUUGGCUGUGCAGAUUUCUAAAACUGUGCAUUUGACUGGAGACAUCACAGACAUUUUGGCUAGGGUUAGUACAGAUAUCCUUCAGAAGCUCACUGAUGUACAGCGACAAAUCAGUCUGUUAGAGUGCAUGAUGGGAGAAAUUAAGAAAACAACAGACAAAAUGGCAAAUCAUUAGGUUUCAAAUCAGUAAAUAUCAAUGGCUGAGACCAAC